UGAUAAAGUACAGCACCAUACGCUUUGUCGUGUGCAAGUAGCCAACCACUCCUAAAUUAAUCGCGGUUACUAAUCCUUGAAAUAUCUUCUUUUUAGCGGGUUAAAUAUAGUAUGUUCUUCAUAGCUUGAACUGGGUCCGUAUCUUUUUGUUUAGUUGCCUACGGGUCGAGUUCAGUUUUGUUUUCUCAUCGCGGAUUGUAAAGUGGACGUUUGAGGCUGGUGUAUGCGGUGAAACAUUUCUAUCGUCAUUCAACAUCCUACACAUAUACCAUAGCUAAACAUCAUGCCAUUCCCCUUUGGGAAGUCCCAGAAGAGCCCUGCAGAUAUAGUGAAGAGCCUAAAGGAGAAUGUGGCGUACUUGGAGAAGUUAGAAGCUUCUGAAAGCAAAAAAUGUGAAAAGGUUGCAGAGGAAGUAUCAAAAAACCUGGCGUCAUUGAAAGAGGUGCUGUCUGGCACUGGAGACAAGGAGCCUCAGACCGAGGCAGUAGCCCAGCUUGCCCAAGAGCUGUAUAACACCAACCUCCUAAUUUCCCUCAUAGCAAAUCUGCAAAGGAUCGAUUUUGAGGGAAAGAAGGAUGUGGUUCAUUUGUUUAGCAACAUUGUACGCCGCCAGAUUGGCUCUCGCACCCCAACUGUAGAGUACAUCUCUUCCCACUCACAGAUCCUCUUCAUGCUGUUGAAAGGCUAUGAAGCCCCAGAAGUGGCUCUUAACUGUGGCAUGAUGCUGAGGGAGUGUCUGCGUCAUGAACCUCUGGCCCGAACCAUUCUGUUCUCGGAAGAAUUUCAUAGCUUCUUUCGCUAUGUGGAGCUGUCUACCUUCGACAUUGCCUCAGAUGCUUUUGCGUCCUUUAAGGAUCUCCUGACAAGACAUAAGAUCAUGUGUGCAGAUUUCUUGGAGACAAAUUAUGACCGAGUGUUCACAGAGUAUGAAAAACUUCUGCACUCUGAAAAUUACGUCACCAAGCGUCAAUCUCUAAAGCUCUUGGGAGAACUCCUGCUGGACCGACACAACUUCACAGUCAUGACCAAAUACAUCAGUCGAGCUGAGAAUCUGAAACUGAUGAUGAACAUGUUGAGAGACAACAGCCGCAACAUCCAGUUUGAAGCCUUUCACGUCUUUAAGGUGUUUGUGGCUAACCCCAGUAAGACACAGCCCGUGAUGGACAUCCUACUCAAGAACCAGUCCAAGCUGGUGGACUUCCUAAGCCACUUUCAGACAGACCGUUCUGAGGAUGAGCAGUUUUGUGAUGAGAAGAACUAUCUCAUUAAGCAGAUUCGGGACCUCAAACGGCCUGUACCUCCAGAAGAGUCCUAAAAGAAAGCAAGGCAACAUAACAUCAGUGAGCUCGGCUAGUGAUGUGGUUUGUGGGUGUGAAUUUAAUAGGAGGGAAAACCAAAUAAGUCCAAGAAAGAAAGGCAUUGCUAGAACGAAAUCUAUUCACAUCCAACAAAAACAGAGAAAUGUCAGUAUGUGUCUCUUUACACGGGGACAGGCAGGCUUUUGCUGUGAGAGGAGCUGAAACCAAGCACUCCAUUUAUACCCAAACCUUUUUUUAGAUAUAAAUAUAUUAAGACUGUUACUUCAUGUACAAAGUUAGUUUAGCUGAUUUACCUUCAGUCACACAGGCAAAUCUUACCAAACAGAUAAAAAAUAUACCCAGUGCCUGCUCAGGGCUUUUAAUGUUUUUAAGGUAUGAAGCUAGAACAAGUGUAUUGGUACAUGUAUGGCUUGGCAUAUUUGCACUAAGUCUGGUUGAUUUGCUCCAGGAAAGCCAUUAGUGCGCUGUAAAAGAAAGCCAAAUUUUAUGAGCAAUAAAAAUGGUGGGAAGUAAAGUUAUAGGUCUAGAAUGUAUAGGUUAUAGAAACCCAAAUUUACCUGGAUUUUACUAAAGAACAUUCAGAAAAUCUGUCAGAUGGUCGAACAAAGUGAGGCUUAUUUUAUUUUAAGUCUAUACCCCGUAGAGUUUAGUGGUCAUGUCGGAUUCUGCACUCAGUUUCCAUUUAAAUGAGUGUCUUAUUUAAGUAGCUCGGUCGUUCUGGGUUUUCUAUUACAUUUAUCUCUAACAUUGGAUUUGUAGUAUUAUUCUGUUUUUGCUUGGGCUAACACUUAUAGGAUAAUUUUGCUUCAUUUGAACUAUUAAAAUUAGUUAUAAACCAGUACUCGUUUAAACAAGUAACAGAAUUUAAUAUUUUUCUAUGAACCAAGGAAUUUGGGGUUCAUAGUCAAGGUACACAAUUUUAGUGCAAAACAUGAUUACCCCCACAUAUACACUGUAAUACCAAUAGAAUGUCGACUGCUGGAAGCGGGUGUGACGUGACAUUCCUCAUGUUGCAAUUUGAUGGACAGCUCAGACAAGCCAAUGAAGAGAUUAACAGAUGGUUGCAAUAGGAAAGACAGUUUAACACAUUUUUUCAUGUCUUGCACUGUCAGACUUGAAUGAGCCAAAACUGUGGUAACACACAUUAAAUCGUUUGCCUAGAAUUUCGUUCUCCUAUGGAUCGCACCUUUCAGUACCUCUUGGAAGUUUUAGAUGAAAUGCAGAACAGGAUUCUACUGAUGUUCCAUUCUAAUCAAUAGUCUCUUAAGUUGAAUAUAUAUUUGAUGUACUCUGUUUGCACAAAGUCCUUUCUCAUAUACCUCAUAGGUUUUAAGUUCCUAAGUGCUGUUUAUUUUUCACUUGGCAUCUGUUAGUUUCAAUAUAUUAUUGCGGAUGUGGGGCAGUAGUUAUGCAAGCAAAAACAGAAGACCUUACAACAUGGGGAACAUUGUAGUUCACAGAUGCUGGAUAGGACCUACAAGGGAAACAAUUUCUGUUUUGCAGUUUGUUACUGGAUACCUAGAAUGUUACAGGUGUGAGACGAGCACUCGCUGUUUGAGCCACAAUUUUACUCCGAAAGGUUUUAUUGGUUUAUACAGAAUGUCAGCAAAGAUGUUUUUGCAGGUGGUGUGACUUUUGCAUGUGGAAAUUGUAAUUGUAACUUUUUCGGAGGUGCAAGCAGGAAACCAGAUGAGCUGCCAUACUUUGCUUUUAUUAACUGCAACCAGUGUGAAAUCACAUUGCUUUUGUCUUAAACUGUAGAAUAUGUGCACCUGCCUUUUUCCAAAGGUUCUACAGAUAUUAAGAACACAAUAUUUUGUAGGUUUUGAUGUGAUUAUUUCACUUAUAUGGUUUUAAAGAAGGCAUUGUCCUUAAAUAAAUAAACGCCUUGCACUUUCUGAUUUCCCAUUGAGCGAAGGUACUCUUGAAUAGAGGUAAAAAACACAUUAAGAAAUUUACAGUAUGGUGGAUUAUAUUCACCUUACAUUAACUUCAGCUUUUGACUGAUGUUUGCUAUGCUUAUUUUUCAUCUGUUGCCUUUUUCACUCAUUUCCCCUUCAGUUUCCUGUUAUAUUUUCUACUGUGGGAGAGGAUUAUAUAUGUACAUAAUUUUAUUUUAAAAACGAGUAAAAGUGUGGGGGCAUAUUGAAAAUAAAAUAAACAAUGGCACUCUUUGACUUAUUAUCCAUUAUUUAACC